AUGCAGCUGAGGCUCCUGCCGCUCCUCCUCCUCCUCCUCCUCCUCUCCUGCCCUUCGUUGACCUCACUACCCUCACGAUCCUCUGCGUUUGUUCCCUCUCCCGUCGUGCACGCGUUAAGGCGGUGGGACAGCGCAUGCUCGCUGCAACCGCAGGCUGUGGAGGACCGGGAAGUGAUAACAGCAACCAGACUAUGGAUAGACGGCUGGGUCGUCGGCCUCAGCCUCUGCCCAUGGGCGUGGUUGGUCCGCAAACCUCCCGAGCUCAACCUCUCUGUGAUCCGGUCGGAGGCAAUGGAGAGGGAUGUGAAGUCAGUGGUGAUGGCAGCGCGGGAACUGGUGGAAGUUCAUUCUCAGAUCAGUCGAGACGACGGAAGGAGGGGAUUUGCUACCACUCUGCUCAUGUUCCCGUCGGAGAAGUACGCAGGAACUGAUCCGUAUACCCUGGCCAACCCGUCGGACGCUGCAGAUCCCUCGGCGAUCUGCGGAGAUUUCCCGGUGAUACUCUCUUUGCAUAUCUACAUGACAUGUAUCUUGCAAUCGUCUGAGGAGGCUGACUGUUGUGGAGGAGGAAAUGACAUGAUCACGCAUCUCGUUGGGACUGGGCAGGAAGCUCUUGCUGAAAUGCCUGUAGACUUGCUUGCAUUCCACCGCUACCCGACCCUUCAACUUCUCGUCAAGGAUGACUUGAAGUUUGCUCGCCGGCAAUGGGCGGCAUGGCAGAGAAGAAAGAAGGCUGAGGAGUUGAGCACGUUGGGACUACUGUUCGCCAACAAAGACAAGCUGAGGGCCAUUGGUCGUGGUUUCGAUGCUCUUGCUCGCCAAAUGAGAGAAUUUUUGAGUUCAAGGGCCAACUCUUCCGCCAGACUAGAACAUUGA